AUGGCGGAGCUGCUGGGCUUUCUCAACAGUGGCUGCAGUAGAAGGCAUAAACCAGAUAGAACAGGAGAAAUGAUCACUCUAUCGGAGCAAGAAUUAGUAGAUUGUGACAGAAUUUACAAUGAUGGUUGUGAUGGUGGGCUAAUGGACUAUGCCUUUGAAUUUAUCAUUUCCAAUGAUGGUAUUGACACUGACACUCACUAUCCCUACAAGGGCAUCGACUACACUUGUGAUCUUGUUCGGAAGAAUGCAAAGGUUGUUAGCAUAGAUGGAUAUGAAGAUGUGCCUGCAAAUGAAAAAUCACUUCAGAAGGCCGUGGCACAUCAACCUGUUAGCGUAGCCAUUGAUGCCUCCAGCAGGGCUUUUCAGCUUUACUCCUCGCCCCGUCUGCUGAAGUUAUGCGAAAAAGAGGAAUUGGACCAUGGUGUGGUGGUAGUUGGCUAUGACAGGGAAAAAGGAGUAGACUAUUGGAUUGUGAGGAACUCAUGGGACACCAAUUGGGGAGAAGAUGGCUACAUCAAAAUGGAGCGUAAUGUAAAAGACACAAAUUCUGGCAAGUGUGGAAUUGCUAUGGAGGCAUCUUAUCCCAUUAAGAAUGCCAAAAAUAAAAAUACUGUUGGAGAAGAGGAUAACAUAGGCUCUGUCUCAAGUGAUUAG